UACAAACGUUCCAAGAACAUAAAUGCGCGUUCCCAUUUCGCGGUCUCAGCCACCGAGGCCCAAGAGCCUAUGAGCUAAAGGAAGGGUUUUGGAGGGCUCGGCAACUUGGCGGCGGCCCCUCUGCGGCUCAAGGUCCAUAGGAGUGCGGUAUGAAGCCGAAGGCGACAAAAUCGCCUUCUCUCCGCCCCCGCGCGGGAUCGAGGCAGGGACGAGCGUCCUUCUCUCAGAUCCGAGGCAGCGAAACUCCGUGCUCGCGCUCCCGGCGCGUCGCGCGUCCGCGGGCCCUGGCAAUAUCCUUCGGCCUUGGGGCUCUGCCCCGGCCUCCUGGGCCGUGAGGCUACCCCCCGGUUUCCAGUUUCCCCCACGGAUUGAGGCGCAACAAGUCUGAAAGGCAGUGCCGGGGCAGCCACGGCCAAGGGGAGAGGGAGGGCGUAGGGCCCCGUGUGAGGCGCGAGAUGCCCCGGGAUCCCCGAACUCGCGCUGUGUCCACUUCUCGGGACUGAGAGCCAGCAGGCAGGCAGGCUCGCGGGACUGCCUCGGCGGGCAACCCACGCCCCCUUCGGAGGCCCCGAAGCUGCGCGCGUGGGGACGCGCCCAGGAGCCCCUGCCCUCCCUCCCCCCUUUUUUUUCCGCCUGCUUGACCUUGCUUAGGCACCUCGGCGGCGUCGAGAGAGCGGAGUUUCCAGGCCACCCUCGGUCGAGCAGGGAGCAGCUACCUCCUCGACCUCCCUCGCUGCUGCCUGCCACUGCUGCAAGGGUCUGUGUGAAAUGGGAAAGCUGAAGGUUCUGGGAGAUGUUCCAUGCGCUUUCUCCCAUCCCAAAUACGGGAUACCGCCUCUCAGAUAAUGAAAAAGGACCCCAGCCUCUCCCCCCCCCCGCCCCCCGACGCCUCCGCCUGCUGUUUUGUGCCCCUGCAGUAGCUCUCACGAGGAGGGGCGUGUGUUUAUGGCUAGAGAGCGGGCCACGGAGGGUCUCCUUGGGCCCUACGAUGCAGACUCACAGACCUCCCAACCCCCUCCCCAACACGUAUGCCAAGCGGCUCCUCUGGGGCGGGAGUGCGCGCCCCGUGCCCACCCACGCGCCUUCAAGCCUUUCAACUCCCUCGGAGUUGCCGCCCGAGACCCAGGGGGAGAGGAACGUGAUGGGGACUUGGGGGAGGGAAGGGGCGCAGAAGGAGUGGGAUUAGGGCCGGUCUGGUCCUAGCCCCGUCCGUGCGCUCUCCGGAGAAACUUGGAAGCCCCAAAUAAAAGUGGAAAGGCUAAGGGUGCCCAACAGGCCCGAGAGGGUGCCUGGCUGGUGCAGCCCUCUGGGUUCCCUGGGAGUGACCAAGCAGGAGCCACCGCGGCCAGGCGGAGGGACUCGAGUACAGAGCUGCAGCCUCUGACCAGCCCUCAAGCCACCGAGCUGCGCCGCGGAUUCACGGUUCCGCCGCCCACCUCCCCUGGGCCGGGGAUGCUCUCUGCUCGGCUUAGGCUUCCUAGAGGACCAGGGGGCAAGGGCUCCCGGCCGGAUCCCGAGCCCUCAGACUCUCGGGAGGAGGCGGGGGCCGCGCUCAUUCCUCGAGGCAGCGGCACGCAGCUCCGAAAGAGCGCAGCGGCGGCGGAGGCUGGUGGCCUCUGCCCAGCGGAGAAGAGACCCAACCGGGAGUGCUCAGCGCCCAGCCCCGCUGCCUCCGUUGGAGAGAGGGCAGCGGGCCGACCUAAAGUUCAGGGCAGCCUGUCUGCGGCUGCCUGUCCAACCCAACAGAAAAGAACCACCGGGAAGGAAACAGCUAGGGCGUAUGCGCGUGUCAGUUGUGAUGGUGGGGGCAUGAGGAUAGCCCUUCUCCCGAAUUCGGAGCUAAGCCUCCGGGGGUCUCCUCUGCCAUUGUCGGGUCUGUAGGUGAGAGCCGUGAGGGGAAGUCUGGGGGUUUCUCUGCCCGCCUCCAGCUCUGUGCGUGGGGUGUGUAUGUGGGGGGGGUAUGCAGCCGGGCCCUAUAAUGUAUAUAACGGGCUCUGGGUAAGAUCGGGGAAUAGGGGAAUCGGGUUGUCCCCUGUGAACCUCCUCGGGCCGGCAUGGGGAGCCAGGCGGGGCCCCCUUCGACCCCUGCCAGCCUCUAUGUGUGGGAGCACCACGGAAACGCCUUCCCCAGCGCGCCCCGGGUCUGCCCUGGGGAUAGAGGACGGGGUCCCUUCCCCGGCUCAGUCGGCCAGAUUGGCCCGGCUCUGCCCGGUGAGGAUGAGGGGGGAGGUGGGGAGCACCAAGAAGCCUCUCCCACCUUCCAGGGCGCCCCCUCCUCAGCCCGGCCAAUGCGGGAGCGCAGGGACCUGCCAGAUUCCGUUACCGCCGCUGGAGGAGAAAGGGGGCUGGGGGAAUGGAGCUGGGGUGGUGGUGUUCAAACUCCGGAGCUCCGAGAGCCUCAUCCUGGGAGCCAAGAAACCCCAAACGGCGAAGUUGGGAAGUCCGGGAGGCCACCCCUCCUCCCAGCGCGAGACGCCCCCUUUCGCCGCGCCCCCACCCCCCCUCCGGAGCCCUUCUUACCUUCCCCAGCAGCAGAGGCCCCGCGGGUGCCCGAGGACUCGAUCCAGAGACUUGCAAAGCCCCCGGAGCGCAGCGCGUCGCCAGCGGCGGAGCCGCGCGCGCCGGAUGGAUCGGAGCUGAGGCUACUGUCGCUGCCGCCCCCGACAGGCUCUGGGCCCCGCCGAGACGUUCCCAAGAGCGCACCCGCGGGCGCUCUCAGGCUCCUCCCCACCCCCUGCCUGGCCGAGCCCCCCGGGCGCCAGGAGGGUCCGGAUGCCCGGGCUGCGGGCUCUGCUGGGCGCGCGGGCCCGGAGUCGGGCCAGGACGCGGCGCAGACGCCUGUGCCGCCGGCUCGCCGGCUCAGCUCGCUCUACCGGGGCCGCCGCCAACGCCGCGCCCGCCGCCCGCCGUAGCCGCCGCCGCCGCCGCCGCCUGCGCCCGCCGCUCCCUCUCCGGCCGCGCCGCCGCUCCGGUCCUCUCGCCUGCCCGGCUCUUCUCGCCUUUUUUCCCUUCCUGGGGGGUGGGGGGGAGCGGAGCGGAGCCGGGGGCGGGGCGGCGCGGGCAGGAGGAGGAGGAGGCGGAGGACGCGGGGAAGGAGGAGGAGAGAGAGAGGCAAGCUGCUCCCCCGCCCGGCUGCCGGCGCUCCCCAAUCUCUCGCUCUCUGAAACUGGAUCCCGAAUCGGGAGCCAGAGACUGCAUUACGGAUUACAUCAGGCUUUAUAGAGCUUCCAGAUCACACAUUAGAGGGGGAGCGCGAGCGGGGGGCGGGUUGGGGGAGGGGAGCGGGAUCACGGAGAAGGGGUGCGACGCACGGGAGCGCGCGCACCUAAGACAGCCGGCUCCUGCCCCACGCAGCAGCAAAGCCAAGAGUUGGGACUGUGCUCUCUUCCAGCAGCAGGGGAGUGGCUGCAUCUGGGUGACAGGUGAUGGACCAACAAACGGAUGGAUGGAGAAGAGAAAUUAAGGGCUGUGCGCAGACCUAGAGGUGCCCAAAGGGGUCCCUCUGCCCGACCUGUUCAACCUGCGCUCACCAGCUCCGUACAUCCCAGGAUAGCAAUGGAUGCGGCCUGACACAUCUGUAGACCACAAUGCCACGUCCCAACAUCAAAAGAUUGGACACUCCUGCUUCUAGACUGACAACAAGAGUCCUGGAACCCCGAUCACAGGGAGGUUUCCUUGUGUCCUUCUCCACCAGGGUGCUUCUGCACCCAAACCCCCUGCUCCUGUUUCGCAACCUGGGACCCACCCUGAAUCCAAGACAUUUCCCCACAGGAUCCACUACUUCCCGCACUUGAGCAGGCCGCUGGUACCCUUGCUACCCACGAACACAUCUGCUCCAGCUGUUUGCAUCUGUCUUCGGGGCCACUGUCAACAACAAUACAAACUCAAAACCGCUGUCAAUACUCUCCCCCCCCCCCCGGGUGUCAGCACCCACAAGUGCUGUCCUGUAGCCCCCACCAAAACUUCUGAUUAGCAUCCUCCAUCAA